GAAGGUGACUCAAUUUGGGCGGACUUAAUGAGGAGUAAAUAUGGUAAACGUGGGUUGGGUGAUAUUAAGCCUACUGAUUCGCCUACUUGGAGGAGAAUCAGCCUCAUUAGUGAUCUGGCAGAAGAUAUGGUGGUCAGGGAUACUAAUAGUAUCAAAUGGAAACAUACAAAGGAGGGGAAAUUCACAACCAAAUCUGCGUAUCAAGCUUUAAGACCUUCGGGGGGGAGGAGUCUUUCUUCGACUCAUAUAUGGCAUCCAAAUCAGGUGCCAAAGGUUAGGUUAUUCCUAUGGAGGCUGUGGCAUAAGGGGC